AUGGAAAUACACUGUAAGCACGACCCGUUUGCAUCCAUGCAUAGACAUGGAGGAGUGAAUCAGCUUGGGGGGGUUUUUGUGAAUGGACGGCCACUCCCGGAUGUAGUCCGCCAAAGGAUAGUGGAACUUGCUCAUCAAGGUGUCAGGCCCUGCGACAUCUCCAGGCAGCUUCGAGUCAGCCAUGGUUGUGUCAGCAAAAUCCUCGGCAGGUAUUAUGAGACGGGGAGCAUCAAGCCUGGGGUAAUUGGAGGAUCCAAACCAAAGGUUGCCACACCCAAAGUGGUGGAAAAAAUCGCUGAGUAUAAACGCCAAAAUCCCACCAUGUUUGCCUGGGAGAUCAGGGACCGGCUGCUGGCGGAACGGGUGUGUGACAAUGACACGGUGCCCAGCGUCAGUUCCAUCAACAGGAUCAUCCGGACAAAAGUACAGCAGCCACCCAACCAGCCGGUCCCAGCUUCCAGUCACAGCAUAGUGUCCACCGGCUCCGUGACGCAGGUGUCCUCGGUGAGCACGGACUCAGCCGGCUCCUCCUACUCCAUCAGCGGCAUCCUGGGCAUCACAUCCCCCAGCGCCGACACCAACAAGCGCAAGAGAGAUGAAGGUAUUCAGGAGUCUCCUGUGCCGAACGGUCACUCACUGCCGGGCAGAGAUUUCCUCCGGAAGCAGAUGCGGGGAGACCUGUUCACGCAGCAGCAGCUGGAGGUGCUGGACCGCGUGUUUGAGAGGCAGCACUACUCGGACAUCUUCACCACCGCAGAGCCCAUCAAGCCCGAGCAGACCGCCGAUUAUUCCACCAUGGCCUCGCUGGCUGGAGGGCUGGACGACAUGAAGGCCAACCUGACCAGCCCUACCCCUGCCGACAUCGGGAGCAGCGUGCCGGGGCCGCAGUCCUACCCCAUUGUGACAGGCCGCGACUUGGCGAGCACGACCCUCCCCGGGUACCCUCCGCAUGUCCCCCCCACCGGACAGGGCAGCUACUCAGCGCCGACACUGACAGGGAUGGUGCCUGGGAGUGAGUUUUCCGGGAGCCCCUACAGCCACCCUCAAUAUCCCUCGUACAACGACUCCUGGAGGUUCCCCAACCCGGGGCUGCUCGGCUCCCCGUACUAUUACAGCGCCGCUGCCCGAGGAGCCGCCCCGCCCGCAGCUGCCACGGCCUACGACCGUCACUGA